CGAAAGUAUGCCUAUAAAAACGCGGUAUGGAAGUCGAACGAGAUCUUUCCACGAACACUAACGGAUCACAACUCGGUUCAACCCACUUUGUUCAUUGGAUCAAUUCUGCCCUCCACGAUGACGACUACGACGAAACCCGAAACAAUCAAAACAUGGAACGCCCGCUGGUCCCAUCCCAUUCCGCACGACAAUCUUUACUACGGAAAAUGCAUCGUGGGCGGAAUCCUGUCCUGUGGUAUUACACAUACCGCAAUUGUACCCCUUGAUGUGGUCAAGUGCAACAUGCAAGUCAACCCACAAAAGUAUCCUCAGUUAAUUUUUGGGAUUCGUACCGUUCUAGCGGAGGAAGGCGCCGUUGGAUUGCUCAAGGGUUGGGCGCCAACCGCGAUUGGGUAUUCCUUACAAGGAGCUGGUAAAUUCGGGCUUUACGAAGUUUUCAAGGACGUGUAUAGUACAGCGCUAGGAGAAGAGAAGUCGUUCCAGUGGCGUGGGCUCGUGUACGCGGCUGCUUCGGGUAGCGCCGAGUUCUUCGCCGAUCUCAUGUUGUGUCCUUGGGAAAUGGUCAAGGUGAAGGUCCAAACUAGCCCUCCGGGGACGUUUCCAACUGCGUUUGGCCCGGCACUCGCCAAGAUGCGUCUGGAUGCGGCCGAAACACGCUUCCCUUACGGAUCACUCGUUCCUUUAUGGGGUCGUCAAAUCCCCUAUACAGUUGCCAAGUUUUUCUUUUUUGAAAAAGUUGUGGAAGGCUUCUACACCCACGUCUUUACCAAACCAAAGGACACGUACGAUAAGCCGACGCAGCUGGGCAUCACGUUUGCGAGUGGCUACAUUGCCGGUAUUAUUUGUGCAAUUGUGUCCCAUCCAGCCGACAAUCUUGUCAGUCUCAUGGGAAAAUCCGACAACAAAGGCAAGAGUGUGGGUAAAAUUGCGUCCGAGGUUGGUCUACGGGAUUUGGCCAUGAAAGGGCUGGCACCGCGAAUUCUCAUGAUUGGCACACUAACAGGCUUGCAAUGGUGGAUAUACGACAGCUUCAAGACAGUCAUGGGAAUGGGCACUACGGGUGGUGCGGCAGCGCAACCCCCCAAAUAGAGUGAUUUGGGACCCUGUGGGUUACGUUACUCAUUGUUUCUUGGAUGCGCAAUGACAUGCUUGAUUGUUUUUAGUAUACGGUUGAUCCAAAUCUUGUGGUGGUGUACAGUCCUCAACCACCAUUGGGUCUGUUGACUGAGUGUGCAUCCACAGUCAGGACGCUCCACGUUCUAUCGAAAUUGAAACUAUCCUGAUAUUGGAAACCAGUGGCUUUUCGGAAUUAGUCAAAUAGGCAACAGCGGAGCCAAGUUUUUCUUGACACGGAGAGUUUGGAAUUGCGAAAACCCGUCUGUCAGUCAUACAGAUAUCGGACAGAUAGGUAGUCAUUGACGAUCCAUAAUCUCCAUUUCUCUGGAUAAGGGCCUUUAACAUG